AAAACAGCUCCCCUUGCGGACAUAAUAAGUAUUACAGUUAAUACAUUCUUCACCACACAGAUAAAGAUUACAUGUGGUUUCUUUGAAUUGAAGUAUUGUAGUUAACACAUUUUAUGACAUUUGCAUAAUUUCAUGAACUCAACUUGAGUAUACACUGUCCACGGUUUAUUUGGAUUUGCACCAUAUUCCUAUUUUUACAAAGUCAAAACCAUACACUGUUCAUUUUUAUUUAUUUGUUCAGAUUUUAAAAAAUUUGCAUAAUUUCAAAAUUUUAAUUUAAUUUGUCUAAUUUUGAUUUUCCAAUCUCAGUUUUACAACAUUUAAAUUUAUUUUUCCAAAUUCUGUAAAAAAAUUGAAAAAAUUACAAGAUUUUAAAGUUAAGUUCAGAUGACAUAGGAUAUCUUUAUAAAGAAUACAAGGGUACUAUUCAGAGGAUUAGUCAUUCAUUUUGAUAAACUUAAUAAUAUUAUCGGUGUACUUAAGAAACAUGUCGCCAGAGUUAAGAGCACUCACAGUGCCAGGCACAACUGCAGAUAUUAAGGCGAGAGUAAACAUCAGAUCAGAUGCUUUAACGUGUCCAAGUCAUAGACAGAAGACAUGGAACCAAAUAGAGAAACUGUUGGAACAGUGGCAAACGAGAGGAUUGAUUCCAGCAGAUGAUCAACCUGGACCAACGGAAGCCCAGAGAAAAGCUGUAGUUGAACAUGAGAAUGCUGAAUACCUACAACAGGAAAAAGCAUGGAUCAAAGCCGUACAAACCCCUUGGUAUGGACCUGCUAAAAGCGCUAUGAAAAAAGCUGAAAAAAGAAAAGUUAGGGUUACAUGUCUGUUAAUCCAUCUGACAUCCAUCGCAGAAGAUCUGCCAGUAAAUGAAGACACAGCAGAAAUGACAAAAGAGGCUCCACUUAUCCAAACUCCAAAGCAGUAUCCAAGCCUGACCGAAGUGUCUCCUCCAGACAUAUCAGAGAACAACCCUUCUCACCAAGCUUCGAUUCAAGCCCCAAAUGAGAAAGAAUUGGCGUUUGAGGUAAGAAUCCUAUCCAGUGUCAACCAGCUGAUGGAAGAACUCGGCAGAAGAAUGGAAGCAGAACUCGGCAGAAGACACGAAGAGCUCGACAGAAGAAUGGAGGAACUCGACAGAAGAAUGGACGAGGAGCUCAACAGAAGCAUUGAAGCAGAACUCAUCAGAGGAAUGGAAGAGAGACGAAAGGCAGUUGAAGCCCAUAAUGACAUUAUUGCAGAAAGACAAAGGGAGGAAGAUAAAUACCAACUACUUCUGGCGGAGAGGCAACAAGACGAUGUAAGAUUCCAGGACAUGAUGGCAGAUAGACAAAGGAGAGAACAAGAAGAACGAAGAACUCAAAGAAAACGCAGAACAAACUACUCUCCUGACUAUUCCAAUGGACGGGGAGAUGAAUAUGACGACAGCGGUACACAGUCUGAAACCAGUAGACACUCCCCAUACCAUGAACAGUCACAGCAACAACGCAGUUUUGCAUCUCCUCCUGAGAAUAAUAGUAGUGACGAAAACGAGCAACAUUACCCUGGGACAUGCCCCAAAACUAGAAGAACCAAGACCGGUGCACAUACCUCCAUGCCAUUGAUAGCGGCUGGAAGAGGAGGAUUUCAAUACCAAUCAUGGACUCACAGGGACAUGGAAGCAUUAGUGUCAAAGCUACCUCCACUCACGAAAGGAGGUCAGAAGUGGGUUACUGAUCUGGAGAAGUACACUGUCCAAGACCACCUGUGCUUGGGAGACAUGAGGGCCCUGCUUGGACGGAUAGAAGGAAGACUAGAGGCAAGAGCAGUAGAUUCCGAGGCCAAUUGCACGCACGACCCAGAUGAAACUUCAUUCAACAAUAUCAGGUCGAAUUAUUGGGCUGCUAUUCGUCACAUCUACCCGACAACACGCAAUUUACAUGCCCUCAACAGCCUGAGAAAAGAACCGGGGGAAGAAAUGUAUGCCUUCUUGAAGAGAUGUGAAGGAGUGUGGGAGGACUGCACUGGAGAACGGCAUGACGUUUCUCCGGCUGUUGUAAUGUUGUGGAAGAACGCUGUCAUUAAAGCCCUUCCCCGAUCAGUGCAGGCAGGCCUGGGAGACGUGGUGGGAUUAGACGCUAAACCCAUUGAAGAAUGGAGACUACAUCUCAUUCACUACGAUAUGAAAUACCAGGCAACAAAGGGGGAAAAUGAUGAAGAAAUUAAAACACUAAAACUAAGACUUUUGAAGAUACAAGUAGCUGAGAAAGAUGCCGAAGCUAAUAAAAACAAGAAAUCGACAAAUCAGAUGGCCAUACUAGCAGAGAAGGCAGGGCGGACACCUCCAACAGUUCAACAAAGCGGAGGAGGAAGUGUAUGUCCACAAAACCAGGUUCAGCAGACACCUGUGUAUCUUCCUACGCAAGUACAGCCACAAGCACCACAGUAUCUUCAACAGCAGACACCUGUGUAUCUUCCUACGCAAGUACAGCCACAAGCACCACAGUAUAUUCAACAGCAAAUACCUGUGUAUCUUCCUAACCAAGUACAGCCGCAAGCACAGGUAUACACUCCCAUACAGCAUCAACAAAAGGGACAAUGGAGAGGAAAGCAACGAUCAAGAGGAAGAAGGGAUGAUGGCUGCUUCAUAUGUGGAGAUUGUAGACAUCUGGCCAGAGAUUGCCCCACUCAGCAAUAUCCACCACAAGGUAGCACCUCACAAUACAGAGGAGAACCAGCGUUAGAUUUUAGAAAUAUUGAGGCGGAAGCAUAUGCCAGGGCCAUGACGAAUAUUUCUGUUGGAUCAGGUGAUUGGGUAAAUGUAAAAAUCCACAAGAUGAACUUGUUGCAACCUGUAUGGAGUGGACCAUGGGAAGUUGUAGAACGCACUGCAGAUGCGCUCCGGAUCAAAGUUAAAAAAGGAACAUGUUGGCACCUUCUUACACAUUGUGUCGCCGUACCGCCACCUUUCCAGAAACGGCACGGCAGUUGGAACUGAUUUUGGAAAACUGGUACAAAAAACAAUAAGGAAUUGAACAUUUUUUACAACGACAGCACCAGGAGAUGAGUAAACUCAAGAAUCUGUAGUGUAAAUACAUUGAGAAAAACACAUUUUACACUCGAACUGUUUGCACAUCAUAGACAAGGAAGUUAGAAAAUAUAAAUAAAUGUUCAGCAAAAGUAAUAAGUAUGGUGGAAAGUAGACAUAGGCCUACACUUGAUUCAAAUUUCAUUACUGUGAUCCAAUUGGUGUGCUCUGCAGGUUUACUAUUGUUCUAAAUAACAGUGGGAUUUAAAAUAUUGGAGAAAAUAUGGAGAUGUUCUUUCGUAGUGUGUGGAAUAUGUGAUGCUGGAAACAUGUAAGUAUUUCAGAGUUGUGUUGGGUAAAUAUGUAGCAAUGGAUGAAACAA